AUGUUCUGGCUUGAUCUAGCAUCUUGUCACUAUGCCAGACAAACUAAAGAUUGGUUAGUAGCCAAUAAUAUCCCAUUUGUACCCAAAGAAGAUAAUCCACCUAAUAUUCCCCAAGCACGCUCCAUCGAAGAAUUUUGUACCUUAUUAAGCAAAAAAGUUUAUGAUAAUGGUUGGGAAGCAGAAAAUGAAGAACAAUUAAGAAGGAAAAUUUACCAAAAGAUUCAGGAAAUCAAUGUUGCUACUAUCCAAUCACUUGACACCAAAAAACGACGGAUUGAAGACCAAAUUAUGAUAUUCGUUAACUGUUUACAUAGUUUAAGUAAAGUUGAAAAUUUGAACAAAUAA